GGAUAGGAUAAGGCCAUAACCAGGACGCCAUUUGUGCGGGAGACGAAGCAAUCAAGUGAAGAGGAGCGUCGCACGAGCCAUGCUCGCCUCGCCGGUGCUAGCCGGCGCCCUCUCGUUCUCGGCGUCCGUGCCCAGCAACCUUCGCAUCCCUUUACCUGCCGCUCCUGCGCCCUCUCCCACUCCGGCGCGGCGCGCGGCGCUGUCCGUCGUCGCCAAGGUCAAGGUGUCCACGCCCCAGGCCGACCGCAUCGCCCGCCAUGUCCGCCUCCGCAAGAAGGUAAGUGGCACAACGGAGAGGCCAAGACUGAGUGUUUUCCGCUCUAACAAGCAUUUGUACGCCCAAGUCAUCGACGAUACAAAGCAAUGCACUUUGGCUUCAGCUUCAACCAUACACAAAUCUCUCUCGAAGGAAUUGGAAUACUCAGCUGGGCCAACAAUUGAAAUAGCACAAAAGAUUGGUGAAGUGAUUGCCAAGUCUUGCCUGGAGAAAGGAAUUACCAAAGUUGUCUUUGACCGAGGUGGUUUCCUCUACCACGGUCGCAUAAAAGCUCUUGCUGAUGCUGCUAGAGAGCAUGGGCUUGAGUUCUGAAUCUUCGAAAUGUUUAUUCAUAUUUCCAGGAUCAAGUGUAAUCCUCUCUCUCUCUCUCUCUCUCUCUCUCUCUCUCUCUCUCUCUCUCUCUCUCUCUCUCUCUCCUGUUUAUGUUGAACAAAGUUCUUUUGUAGUCACUCGCCUUGUUCUGCAGAGUGUAGACAUGGCCACUCUUUGAUUGUGUCAGAUUUUUGUAGCAGUCGUGCA